AUACAGAGGCUCACAGGAACCCAGCUCGGCCUCCAGGCGGGAUGUUUGGGGGCCGCAGGGCCUGGUUCUCGCAAAGCGUCCACCCAGAGCUCUGCCACCUUUGGGUUGGUGAAGGAGGGGUGAUUGUGAACCUGGAAAAUGCUGAUUACCUCUUCAGCAGCGACGCGUCUCACCCAGAUACGAAAAGAAUACACCAAAGUUUAGACUAUCUAGAAGACCGAAUCACGGUUUUUCAUUCCUGUUUUCUUACUGCAAGCAUCAAUGCUGAAAUAAAAAACACCGUUCCUCUAGGACAUUUCCUUCUCCCACCAGCCAACUUGCAAGAAGAAAUUAGAAAAAAAAUUGGCAACUUUAUAUGGGAACAGAUCACCAGUCCACUAGAACUACAGUCUGGUCAAACUCUUGAAUCACAAAGCAUCAAGAAGCAAGAAAAGUUAAGAGACAAGAAAGAGCUGGAGAAAUGCCAAGGGCCAAGGACAUCUGAAACGGGGAAACUAACAUACAUUCCUCUUCAAGAUUAUCCAUCAAGUAACAUGGUGACAGGUUAUACCUCUGAGAAAGAGAUGAAGAAAUUUCUUGGUGAGAUACGAGAUUUCAUUCCUGGUUGUUCUGGAUAUUUAGCAUGCUGGAUUCCAAAUGAAACAAAUGUUUCCUUUGAUGUGAAAAUGAAAUUAAAAAGGAAGUUGUGAGUAACUGUUGAUUCCUUAGGAAGAGCAAAGUUUGUUUCUCAGCUUCCCUGCAAUUUUGGUUCCUUCUUUUUUCAGAGGAGUUUAGAAUGUUAUUACUGGAAAGGAGCCAAGUGCAAAUGGGGGAAAGUUUUGUGCUGCUCUUUACGGGCAUGGUUCACUCCUGACCAAUUCAGGACAUGUCUUGUUUGUCAUAAUGGCUGUUUGAAUUCUAGUUAUUAAAGCAUUGCUGCUUUUUAAAGAAGUCAAUGUCCUUUCAGUGCAUUGUGUUUUGACUUUUGCUCGGCCCUGAACCAUUAA